CCGGGAAAAGAGCAAAAAAGUCAGAUGCCUCCGACGAGGCCACCACCUCCCAAGGAUAAAUCUGGAAAAAAGCCAGCAGCAGUAGCAGCGGUGCAAGAAUUAUCAUCGUUAUCGAGUAAGAAAGAUGAUAAAAUGCACGAUGCUAUGGAUAAAUUUGCUGAUGAAUUGAAUCGAUCUUCGGAUGAUGAGGAAGAGGAUACGGAAGAGGAGAUCAAUACGCUGCGCCAAGUGCUCGUUGCACGACAAAAGCAUGCUGCGGAGCUGAAACGUAAAUUGGGCAUCUCACCGCUUACUGAACUCACAGCCGACAUCAAUCAUUCGUUGCAGCAUGUGAGGGAAUCCCAGGCAUAUCAGAAAACAACUGAAGUGGUUGCUGGGACCGCAGAUACGGUGAAGAAAGGAUGGAAUGAUAUGCGCAAUUCAUCGCUGUUUAAAUCGUUUGAAUCGAAACUCGGCACCGCAUAUACACAGGCGAAAAUGGCAGCUUCCACAAGCAUUGAUCAGCUUUCCGGCAUUGCGAAAUCAUCGUCCGGAACAUCGAGCCAAGCCGAUCCAGUAUCACCAGCCAGCGAAAAAGCGCAGAUGCAGUAA